AACGUGGCGACGUCACAAACCCGCUACCUUGCCUCCGCUGCUGUUGUAGCAGCACUUUAGCUAGCUUGCCACCAUUAUAGUUGUAAUUUUGAGUAAUUACGGCCUUUUGUUAAGGUUGUUCAUCUUCCCUGAGCUGUCAACAUGAUUUCACUUACGGAUUCACAAAAAAUUGGGAUGGGCUUGACGGGGUUUGGUGUGUUUUUCCUCCUCUUUGGGAUGAUGCUGUUCUUUGAUAAAGCUCUGCUCGCUAUAGGAAAUAUUCUGUUUGUGUCGGGCCUGGCCUUUGUCAUCGGCCUGGAGCGCACCUUCAGAUUCUUCUUCCAGAGGCACAAAGCAAAAGCCACUAGCUUCUUCCUGGGGGGAGUCUUUGUGGUUCUGAUCGGCUGGCCGAUCAUUGGUGUUGUUCUGGAGAUCUAUGGUUUCUUCCUUUUAUUCAGGGGAUUCUUCCCAGUGGCGGUUGGAUUUAUCAGACGAGUUCCUGUGCUUGGAUCAUUGCUGUGCUUACCAGGAAUCAGUGCCCUGGUGGACAAAAUUGGUGAGAGCAAUGCGAUGGUAUAGCAAAAAGCUGCUAAAAAAAGGAAAUUUCCACUAUUUAUUUUCGUUUCUGACUGUAUAUUUUGAACAUUGCCACCUCAGAACAGUGAAUUGUGUAUCUGAUCUUUUGCUGACAUCAUUCAGCCUCUUCUCUUAAACAGAUUCAGUAUUUGACUGGACUACAAUGCCAAUGUUUUUUUUUAAAUUAUUAUUUUAUGUAAAAGCACCAUUGUAAGUACCAUUCCUUUGUAAUAUGAAUGAACUGAACUCAUGGGACCACUGGACCCUUUCAGAGGAGAGUCCUGAGCUUUUCACAGAACCCAGUUCUCCAGUCGUGUGCCUGGGAGCAUUUUUAUGUUCCUAAAUGACGUGUUGAUUAAAUUCUGAACCUUGAAAUAAAUAAGAUUUGAGCUAAACUUAACAGAAAUGCGAACGGUUGUAAAAUAAAAAGAAAAAACAGUUAAAUCAUUUAUAAUGUAACGUCUAUUGUCAAUUUUCUAAGUGCAUACUUGCAAUAAAGUGUGUCUUUUUACAAAUGUG